AUGUCACUGGAUACAUAUAUCAAAGGCACACAGUGCUGGUUCAUAGAUGAGAAGGAAGGCUGGAUCAGUGCGACGCUAUCGACAAAAGAUGUUGCUGCCGAUGGGAAAGUCACCUUGACUUUUGUCGACGAACACGGAAAGGACCAUGUAUUUUCAUCGACGUUGGCCAAGAUCAAGGAGACCAACGAUAGCAACCUGCCUCCGAUGCGCAACCCGCCUCUCCUCGAGGGCACCGAGGAUCUCACCAACCUCUCCUACCUCAACGAGCCCGCAGUCCUCAGCAAUAUCAAGACGCGUUACUCCCACUGCAACAUCUACACCUACUCUGGAAUCGUCCUCAUCGCCGCCAACCCCUUCGCCCGCGUCAACCUCUACAGCCAAGACAUCAUUCAGGCCUACUCAGGCCGGAGACGUGGUGAACUCGAGCCACAUCUCUUCGCCAUCGCCGAAGAUGCCUACCGCUGCAUGAUCCGUGAGGAAAAGAACCAGACCAUCGUCGUCUCCGGAGAGUCUGGUGCCGGUAAAACCGUCAGUGCAAAGUUCAUCAUGCGGUAUUUCGCCACCGCAGACGACGGCGGACCAAGCGAUAGUUCUGCCAAGGCCGGCAUGAGCGAAACAGAGGAGCAGAUUCUCGCCACCAACCCCAUCAUGGAAGCCUUCGGUAACGCUAAAACGACCCGUAACGACAACUCAUCCCGCUUCGGAAAGUUUACAGAAAUCCAGUUCGACAAGGAACGCAACAUUAUCGGUGCAAAGAUUAGGACAUACCUCCUGGAGCGAUCUCGCCUUGUAUACCAGCCUGAGCUGGAGCGUAACUACCACAUCUUUUACCAACUCGUCGCCGGUGCCCCACCGUCAGAAAAGAAGGAGCUCGACCUACAGUCCAUCCAGCAGUUCAACUACCUCAAGCAAGGUGGUGUCCAGACCAUCAACGGUGUCGACGAUGCAGCUGAGUUCGAGAUCACCCAGCGCUCCCUUUCGACCAUCGGUAUCUCUGUCCAGGUUCAGUGGUACAUCUUCCGACUCCUGGCAGCACUCUUGCACAUCGGAAAUAUUCAAAUCACCGGACGGAUGGACUCUGUCAUCUCUGACGACGACCCCUCGUUGAUCAUUGCCUCCAAGGUGCUCGGUGUUCCCGCGUCAGAGUUCAAGAAGUGGCUCAUCAAGAAGCAGAUCACAACCCGUUCGGAAAAGAUCGUCUCGAACCUCAAGCCCGACCAGAGUUUGGGGGUGCGUGACUCUGUGGCCAAGUACAUCUACUCCUCCCUCUUCGACUGGCUCGUCAACAACAUCAACGCCAGUCUCUCCAGCGAAGCCAUUGCCAGCAAGAUUCACUCCUUCAUCGGUGUCCUCGAUAUCUACGGUUUCGAGCAUUUCAAGAAGAACUCGUUCGAACAGUUCUGUAUCAACUACGCCAACGAGAAGCUGCAGCAAGAGUUCAACCAGCACGUCUUCAAGCUGGAGCAGGAGGAGUACGUCCGCGAGAAGAUUGACUGGAAAUUCAUCGAUUUUAGCGACAACCAGCCCUGUAUCGAGAUGAUCGAAGGUCGCUUGGGUGUCCUUUCCCUUCUUGACGAGGAGGCUCGCAUGCCCUCUGGCUCCGAUCAAGGAUGGUGCAACAAGCUAUUCACUCAGCUCGGCACCGAGAAGCACAAGAAGUGGUUCACAAAGCCUCGUUUCUCCAACUCGGCCUUCACCAUCUCCCAUUAUGCCCACGAUGUCACGUACGAGUGCGAGGGAUUCUUGGAAAAGAACCGUGAUACCCUGCCUGAUGAGUUGCUGAACUUGAUCAAGAACUCUGACAAUGAGUUCCUGGAGGAAGUCUUGAUGACCAGCGCAACCCUUGGAGCUGGCGGCAGUUUGAGCGAGGACAAGCGCAAGAGUGUGAUCAACAGGAAGCCCACGCUUGGAUCCAUCUUUAAAGGAUCUCUGAUCCAGCUCAUGGACACCAUCAACUCGACCAAUGUCCACUAUAUCCGCUGUCUCAAGCCCAACGAGGCUAAGCAACCUUGGGUCUUUGACGCCCCCAUGGUCCUCGGUCAGCUGCGUGCCUGCGGUGUUUUGGAGACGAUUCGCAUCAGUUGUGCCGGUUACCCAUCCCGCUGGCCCUUCCCCGAGUUUGUCGAGCGCUACUACAUGCUGGUCAACUCGUCCCAGUGGGGCUUCGAUACCCCAAAAAUGUGCUCUGCCAUUCUUGAGGCAGCCAUUACCGAGCCAGACAAGUACCAAGUCGGUCUGACCAAGAUCUUCUUCCGUGCCGGUCUGCUCGCCUACAUGGAGAACCUCCGCACCAGCAAGCUGAACAUGUACGCGACCUUGAUCCAAAAGAACAUGCGUCGUUUCAUCUGCCAGAAGCGCUACCAGAUUGUCCGCCGUGCCGCGAUCAAGCUACAGUGCCUCACCCGCAAGCUUAUCGCCGAGAAGGCUGCCCGCGUGAUUCGCGAGGAUCGCUCUGCAGUUCUUCUCCAGACCCUCAUGCGUGGUUAUGUCCAGCGCAAGAAGUACGUCGAUGCCCGCAACCACGUCCUCCGUAUCCAGUGCGCGGUCCGUGCCAAGCAGGCCCGCCUUGCCUUCCAGAGCAUGCGCGAGACCAACGGAGCCACCAAAAUCCAGCAGAUCUGGCGUGGUGUCCAUGCCCGUCGCCAUUUCAAGAAGGAGCUCAAGUCCAUCUUGCUCAUUCAAUCCUGUAUCCGCCGCAACAAGGCUCACAAGGAGCUGGCUACCCUCAAGGCCGAGGCCCGUUCUGUGAACCACCUCAAGGAGGUCUCUUACCGCUUGGAGGGAAAAGUAGUGGAGCUGACGCGAGCUUUGGACUUGGCGCAUCAGCAGAACAAAUCUUUCGACUCCCAAGUGGCGAGCCUCGAAAGCCAAGUCCGAUUAUGGAGAGAACGAUUCGAAUCAUCACAACAAUCCAAGUCGAAGGAGAUUGCACAUGCUGCCGAGAACCCGACUGUACCCAAGGUCGAGUUCGAGACUUUGAAAGCAGCGAAUGUCGAAUUACAAUCCAAAUAUAACGAGGCGAUCGAGAAGGUCCGAUCGCUCGACCAGGAGAUCCACAAACUGACGGACUCGUUGGCCAAGAGCAAAGAGGAGAUCCACAAGCUUGCCGCCGCGGCCAAGGUCAAGCCCGAGGACUCGGAAACGGUGAUAGCCCUCCGACGUGAGAACCAGUACGUCAAGGAGCAGCUCGCACAGCUGUCGAAGGCCACCGGAAGGGACACUUCCAGCUUCCCUGUCACUGGCAAGGCCUUGUCGCCCCCCACCAGCAACUCAUCCACCUUGCCGCCUACGUACAGCGUCAACGCCAUUAAUAACCACACCUUCGACAAGUACGAGAGCGCCUACUCCUUUGGCAAUAAUAACGCCACCAAGGACACGUCGCAGCACAAGGUCGUUGCCCUGCCUCCCUCUGUCCCUAUCCCUCACCACAACAUCAAGGCCUCUGCUCCCAAGGCCAAUCGCAACCGCAGCAACAGCACGCCCGACAUUGCCGCUCUCGAGAAUAUCGCCAUCUUCAAGCCCCAAAAGACCACCAACAGCGUCUUUGACAACCUCGACAACCACAGUCGUAACAACAAGACCAUGUCGAAUGAUGAUUGGGCCCGUCGUGUCGCUCGAGCCCGCCCAAGUAUCCAUAGUCUAGUAGAACAACCCGAGGUUGAGAUUAUGCGCAUCUUGGACGACGAGGAAGGCUUGCAGGAGGAGGUGUUGCAGGGUCUGAUCAAGAACAUCAAGAUCCCCUCGCCCAGCCUGUCGAACCUUCCUAUGGGCAAGGAGGUCAUGUUCCCGGCCCAUCUCAUUGGCAUGCUGACGACCCAGAUGUGGAGGUACGGCUACGUCAAGGAGUCCGAGCGAUUGAUGAUCAACGUCAUGCAGGCAAUCCAGCAGCAGUCGAUGGCCAUCUCUGGCGACGAAACGAUUAUCCCCUGUGCGUACUGGUUGUCGAACGUCCAUGAGCUGUUGUCAAUGAUUUGCAUCAGCGAGCAGGAGAUUACUCGGGAAGAGUACGCUGCCAUGGGUAACGAGCAGCUGUGGAACGAGUAUGAGCAGCUGGUGUCGACGGUCAAGUACGAGCUUGAGUGCCUCGAGUACAACAUCUUCCACGUCUGGAUGAAGUCGCUCAAGAAGCAGCUCAACAAGAUGAUCAUCCCCGCGAUCAUCGAGAGCCAGGCCCUCCCCGGAUUCAUCACCAACGACUCUGGCCGGUUCUUCAACAAGCUGAUUGGAUCUGGCCCGACCUUCAGCAUGGAUGACCUGUUGUUGUUGUUCAACAAGAUCUGGAAGGCGAUGAGCUGCUACUAUGUCGAGCAUUCGGUCGUCCGCCAAGUCAUGACGGAGCUCCUCAAGAUGGUAGGUGUCACUGGUUUUAACGACCUGUUGAUGCGCCGCAACUUCUGUACCUGGAAGCGAGCUAUGCAGAUCCAGUAUAACAUUACACGGAUUGAGGAGUGGUGCAAGGGUCACGAGUUGCCGGAGGGCACGCUGCAGUUGGAGCAUCUGAUGCAGGCGACCAAGCUGUUGCAGCUCAAGAAGGCGUCGCACAACGACAUCGAGAUCAUCUAUGAUGUCUGCUGGAUGUUGACGCCGACGCAGGUGCAGAAGCUUGUCCAGAACUACCAGAUUGCCGAUUACGAGGUGCCCGUGAGCCCGGAUCUGAUCAAGGCGAUUGCGAUGCGGGUGGCGGCGAACGAGAAGAACGACACGCUGAUGUUGGAUACCAUCUCGCUCGAGGAUGCAGGUUCUUUCGAGACGCCCGAGAUUCGCGAUGUUGACUUGGAGGGCGAGAGGUACCUGCCUGCCUGGUUGGUCAACCUGACCCGACUCAAGUCCCUGAUGCACCUCGUCGUCGUCUAA